CCAGGCAUUUUUCCGACGCAGUGUACAAGAUUUAACCAUAUUCGACCAUUUUCCGACUAUGUUGAAAAUUCCAUUCAUAAAAACUAACUACCAGCCACGUUUCAGAAUUCAGGUCGCUUUAAUAUUCAGGAAAGACACUCAUAAAAACUAGACGUCCAGGAAAAUCACAGGAGGAAGUGUUUAUUCAUUUAAGUGCCUGGCUCUGGCUAAUAGAGUGACCAUGUCUUACUUGGUAUUAACGUGGAGGAUAGGAACGCGACCAGCCUCGGGCUGACUUCCUUUUAACGAAUGAUUUACCGGUACUGCUGAGGCGCUCGCAAUCAUUGCUGAGCUUACUGCUGGAUAUUCGGGUGCUGAACACUGACUCCAAACAUGGAUUGGACUUUCUAGUUCAGGCGAGAUCACAAAAGCUAGAUUACUCAAUUAUGUUUAAUGAAAAUUUGAACGUGAGAAUGACGUUUUUAGCUUUAAAUUGAGUGACCAAGGAGAAUUGGAGUGAGUUACAAAGAUAACUGAAUGCGACGUAAAAUUUUCUGAGAAGUGGAAUAACUUAUUGCAAUAAAUAAAUACGAUUCAAAUAUCUCCGAGGAGAAGUCGGGUGACUUACUGCAAUAACUGAAUGCAAGACAAAUUUCUCUUAACCAACUGGCAGAAGUGAGACCCAAGAUGCGAUGCGUGGUGGUGAUGACGGCUGUGGUGAUGGUGGCAAUGAUGGUGCAACACAGCGAUGGCUGCACGUGCCCCCUACGUCACCCCCAGCAGCACUUCUGUGAGGCGGACUUCGUGGCGAACGUGAAGGUGCACCGCGUGGUGGCGUCACCGGACGGACAGACGGCGCUCAGGGUGCGGGUUCGCAGGAUAUUCAAGUUAUCUCUCGUCAUCACAGGCGAGAUCCAGGCGGGUAAGCCUUGGACGUCCGCCUGUCACUUCGCGGCGCCCUGGACGUCGCUGGCCCCGAAGAUGAAGAAAGGCUUCCGUCUGCUCUACAACACCUCGUGCGACUGUCCGAUCAUGUCGUGCCACUGGUGGGAGAACCACUGCCCAUCCUCGUCUUUUUACUGUGCUUGGCGAACCUCGAGUCGCUCCGAGGACUGCCACGCCAGACACUCGGUGUGCUUGAGCAAUCCCGCGGGUGGGUGCCGGUGGGUGGGAGGCCGCCUCCUCCGUGAGUGCGUGAAGGCGCGGCGCAGUGAGCAGCACCUGGUGGCCAGCAACGCAGGACGCGGCAGGUGGCGAAAUGUCGCUUCGCUCGUCCCGACGCCAAAGACUCGCGUCGAGGAGGAGGGACUAGACGCCAUCAUAUCCAACGACGUUGUUGACGUUCUUCCAGCUGCCAGAGGCAGAGAAGGCUGGUCUCGGCGGCCACAUUCUCAUCACCGUUACCAGAAGCCCCGGAAACCCAACACCCCUGUUCCGUACUCGCGGAACCUGCAGCCUGUCAAGCCAGUGAAGCCGUCCCAGCUGGGGGAGAUCCUCUUCAGCCAGAGCUCCUCCAGAGCAGAAAUGGUCGCCCCCCGCACCACGUUCAACAGCUCGCGGGUUCUCAACAGCCAACGGAAUGCGUCAUUAAUUCCGCGCCCGAAGCUACGCGCAGGCGGAAAAGUUUAUUCUAAUAGCAGCCAAGUCGAACGGAACCUCCGCCUGCUAAGAUAUCCCGAAUAUACGACACAAAUUGGAUCAUUUGAUCAUGUUUGAUGAGUAUUUUUGACCGUCGCUUAGAAUUGAACGAGUCACAAUAAAGCUUUAAGAUUAUCAUUUUAAUAAUUGUCGUUUAGUUUUGUUUAAUUUAGGAGCGUGUGAUGUAUUGAACCAAGAAUGGAAGUCUUUACUAAUGAAUUUCUUUAUUAUUAUUUUCUUUAUGUUUAAUAAUUAACCUCGCACAAUAAGUGUGCUGUACUUAUUGGCAGUAGGUUAAUUCUGCAAAACGUGCUAAAUUCUAGUGGCAAAAACUGCAAUUCAUGUUUCUUUGGACUUUUGUCUUUUCAUGUUUUCAGCGCAUUCGUUAGAUUUGCUUAAAUAAAUUGAUUAAUAGAAACUAGCCAUAUGCAUUCCAGCAACAAAAUAAUUUAAAAUCAAAAUUUUACCGAGCUACAAAUUUGUAUGGAAUUAUAAAUGAAAUGUCAUUUUUGAUGAUGGAGAAAACUGAAAAUCAACACUUUGUGCCGACGAUGAGUGCUAGGAGGUAUUGAGAGAGUUUGCUAAUAAAGUUCUGCUCUCAUU